AUGAAAUACCUCAAUUACGACUUUAUUGCACCUACACAUUUACAUUACUUGAAGAGUUAUCGUUAUAAGGGUACAGAUCAGUCCCUCUUAUACAAUUACAUACUUUCACCUUUGGCUGAAUUCUGCCUUAGAUUUGUACCUAUGAAUGUUGCGUAUUUGAAUUUGUUUCAACAUUAAUUUUUAGACCUAAUGUAUUAACGUUGAUGGGAUUAGCAUGCAUAAUCUUGUCUCAUAUACUUUUCUUUUUUGUCAUGGGUGACAACUUUGCAGGAUUCAUACCGAAUUGGUUGCUCUGGUUCACAGCUUUCUUGCAUAUGCUUUAUAUGGUAUAUAUGUAUAUUAAGCAAGAAUUUCGACAAUCUGGAUGGAAAGCAAGCAAGGAGAACAAGUAUAAAUAAAAUAAUUGUUUAUAAGAAAAUUCCUCACCUCUUGGAAUGAUUUUGGAUCACAAUUUUGAUUCUAUGAUAAUUUUACUCUAGGGUAUUGAUCUACUAUUUAUGUUCUUCAAAUAGGCACAAGUAUGACUACAGCAAUGCAAUUUGGCAAUACAAUUUUCUCUGUCAUCCUAUACAUAAUUCCCUCUGUACCAUUCUAUAUAAUUGCUCAUGAAGAAUAUUAUACUCAUGAAAUGAAUUUACCAAUCAUAAAUGCAGCUGCAGAAGGUACAGUAAGUGUGGCUGUAGUCUUUGCAGCAACUGCAUACUAUGGUAUUAUUCAACACUUAUUUAGGAUGUGAUAUGUGGGUCCAAAAAUUACCUUGGUUCUUCGAUUUUCAAAUCAACCAAUUUGUUAUGCUUAUGUUUAUAUUUUCUCUUAUUAUUACUAUGCCUGCAGUGUAUUAUUUUUAUAUUAUUUUUAGUUUCCUAAAAAUUAAAAAGUUUACAUCCAUUUCAUCUUUAUUUAAGUAGCUUAGAUAUUUUAUCUUUUUUAAUGUUGUUAUUCUUUACAGCAUUUUAUUUUCUCAAACUAAUGUAAUCUAGAAUCAUGUAAGGGCUUAUAUGUACACUAUUGGAUUUACUAUGUCCAAAGCAGUUGGGGUUGUAGCACUUAAUCAUGUUAGCAAUUAAGAAUUACCAGAAUAUUUAAAUUCAAUUUAUAUCUUUGUUGUCAUUUUACUUAAUACUAUCUCAGGUUAAAUACUUGGACAAAAUUUUAUUAAUGAAGGAUGCUUAAUUUAAUUUACUGCCACUGUAGCUUUUUUAAUCCAUAUACAUUUCCUCUACAACAUAGCAAGAUAGAUAUCAGAGACACUCAACAUCAAAAUUUUUUAAAUCAAUUCAAUAAACAAAUGA